GCUGGCGACGAUCUAGUGGCGGGAGACGACAGCGACCUGCGGGAGCAUGUUGUCGGUAUUCUGUUUGCGGGACAUAAGCUCACAUCCCUUCAACGUCAGGUCAUGUCUCACAUAGUAUGUGCGAUCGGUCUGGAAGCGGCUCGCGUGCGCGACGACUGGGAAACUGCACUGUUGUGCGCAGACGCAGCCGAGCGGGAAGGCGAAGACCGUUCUUCUAACUCUAUUAAACAGCCGACUCACCAGCAAGAUAAUUAUUGCUUUGAAAUGCUGUCACUCUUAUUAGCCCUAAGCGGAAGUGCUGUUGGCCGCACGCAUCUAGCGCAACAAACUGAACUAAUUGCGGACUUAUUGGGACUUUUGCACACUGGCAGUGAUCGAGUCCAACGACAGAUAAUAUCUCUGCUUCGACGAAUAAUCACCGAGAUACCUCCUCAGAGAAUGCUCUCGGCUAUAAAUUUACCAAAUGAUGUGGAUUUACGGUAUACUACAACAAGGGUAACGCUGUUGGAUCACUUGGUGUGCUACCUGGCCAAAGCGAUCACGGUGCAAGUGAAAGUUAAAGGAGCGGGAGGAGCUCCCCCCGGCAUAAUUACGAUGGGGGGCAGCGUGAUCCCCACGGCACUUGCCACGUGGUUUAUGCGGGGGAUCACCACUAAGAAACAUGCUCAUUUGGUUGCUAAACUGUUGAGCGAUAUGGCUGAGGGCAAAGUGUCAAGCGCAUGGGGUAUGGAGACGAGGACGGCGCUAGUAAAUUACGUGUCCGCAGUGGCGCAGAUGUCGGAGCCUGACCGUCAGCCAGCGCGCUGCGUCGUCACGCCCGUCAUCUGGCUGGCAUUGGCAGCGCUUUGUGUCUGCGAGCAAUCUCACAUGGAAAUGGUGAACAAUACGGGUGAAGGGCGUGAAGCCCGCGGCCGUGACUCGGCCGAAUGCCGGCCUCACUGCGCCAAUCACGACGAUGGCUCCACGCAGGCGGUCAUCGACUGUCGGUCGUGCGGACCGCUGUGCGCCGAGUGCGACCGUUUCCUGCACCUCAACAGGAACGCCAGGAUGCAUCAUCGACAGAUUUGCAAAGAAGAAGAGGGUGCCAUUCGUAUUGACAUCCACGAGGGUUGCGGCCGGGCGAAGCUAUUUUGGCUAUUAUUGCUGGUGGACAGGCGCACUUUGAAGGCGCUGGCGGAGUUUAGAACUAUCGACAAUGUAUGCGAGGGAAGCGGCUCUGGGGAUCCUCCGACACUACCUAGCGGUCUUCCUGGAUUUGCUGGCGUCUGCAGAUUCUGCGGUGCGCGUGGAAGUACAGGACUACUUGCCAUCGGCAAUGUUUGUUCCGAUCAUCAGUGCCAGGAGCACGGUCGCGAAGCGUGCACUCGCGUGCUGCCGUGCGGGCACACGUGCGGCGGCGUGCGCAGCGAGCGCGCGUGCCUGCCGUGCCUGCACGGGUGCGCCGCGCCCGCCGACGACGCCGCGCCGCUGCGCCAGGAUGCCGACGACAUGUGCAUGAUAUGCUUCACGGACCCGCUGCAGGCCGCGCCAGCUAUACAAUUGACUUGCGGGCAUGUAUUCCAUCUGCACUGCUGCAAAAAGGUCCUCGCAAACAAGUGGAUAGGCCCCAGAAUUACCUUUUCCUUUUCGCAGUGUCCCAUUUGUAAGGAGGAUAUGAAUCACUGGAUAUUGGAGGAACCGUUAGCGCCGAUACGCAGACUGCGCGAGGAGGUGAAACGCAAGGCGCUCAUGCGGCUCGAGUACGAGGGACUCGCCGCGCCCGGCACCGCCAAGGGCGGCCCACUGCCGGAGCCGGCCAACUACGCCAUGGAGAGAUACGCCUACUAUGUCUGCCAUAAAUGUGGAAAGGCAUACUUCGGGGGUCUGGCGCGAUGCGAAGCGGAGAACAGUGGGUGGUGGGAGCCGGCAGAGCUGGUGUGCGGCGCGUGCAGCGACGUGGCCGGCGCGCGCACCUGCCCCAAGCACGGCGCCGACUUCCUCGAGUACAAGUGCCGCUACUGCUGCUCGGUGGCAGUGUUCUUCUGUUUUGGUACAUCACACUUCUGCAACGCCUGCCACGACGACUUCCAACGCGUCACGAACAUACCGCGUCAUCUGUUGCCGCAAUGUCCAGCAGGUCCCAAAGGCGAGCAGCUUCCCGGCACGUCAGAGGAGUGUCCGCUGCAUAUACACCACCCGCCCACCGGUGAGGAGUUCGCGCUCGGCUGCGGCGUGUGUCGGCAUGCACACGCCUUCUAAACCAAUUCACAUCUCUUACCAACGAACCGAGGGCACCAGAAAGACAAGAAAAAGUGGAAAAAGACAUGUUCAUAAAUUUGUAUAUCAGCAACUGUAUCAACAAGCCAUACACGACCAUAUGGAUAGUUGAAGGGUUUGCGUUGCGUUUAGUGCAAUAUGUACGUGCAUAUCCGUGCCCACUCGCCAGCUGUUUGGUAUGUAAACUAGUUGUUUGAUGAUGUUUAGACGGCAAUAUAGAUUAAUUCCUACUCGAUGAAUUAUACUGCAAGUGCUUGGUACCUUGUAGACGUCCAAAGGCAAUUAUAACAAAAUCCAUCGAAAAAUCAUUGUCAUAUUAUACCAUCAUGUCGACUUGGUUUGACUGUCUUUAUUAUCGAUAUGGUAUCAGCCAAACAAUCCAAAUCGUGCAAGUCUUGCGCAUUUGUAUAAUUUUUCUAUAAUGGCAGCCCUAGCUAGGGCCGACUCGACUUGAC